AUGCAAAUUUUUCUAGAAUAAUAUAUAAAAAUAAAAAAAACCUAAAAAAUCUAAAACGCAUCAAAAGAAAAACAUUUUAAAAAAAAAAAAAAAAAUAUGCCGGAAAUAAAAAACUCGAUUUUCAACGGAGAACGUGAAAUAACUCUAUCUGAUAUAAAAGAUGCUAUACCAGCCCAUUUAUUUAAGAGAUCUGAGCUCCGUUUUUUUAUCUCAGUCUUCAAUUCUGUGAGCCUAACCCUAUUAACAGCUUACAUAGCACACAAAGUAAUACCUUUAUAACUCUCUUAUACCCCUUUAUGGCUAUUAUAUGGUAUAAUAAAUGGUACAAUAGCAGUAGGAAUAUGGAUUUUAGGACAUGAAUGCAGUCAUGGUGCAUUUUCUGAAAAGAAAUGGGCUAAUGAUUUAUUAGGAUAUAUAUUACACACUAUAGUUUUCGUGCCUUAUUUUUCAUGGUAAUACUCCCAUAAUAUCCACCAUUCGAAAUGUAACAAUAUAAUCGAGGAUGAGACUCAUGUUCCUAAAAAAGAAGGAAAUCCUAGACUUUAUGUAUGGUAGAAAAUCAAGGAAAAACUUGGUACUGAAUCUUUAUCUAUUAUUUAUUUACUUAAUUUAACUUUAAUUGGAUUGCCAUUAUAUUUAAUGUUCGGAGCCUCAACAGGUUCUUCUAGAAAUUUUAGUUCUCAUUUUAUUGUACCUAAUGAUCUUUUUAAUGGAAAAAUGCUGUUUAAAGUACACUUAUCGAAUUUAGGAAUAGUCUUUGUAAUCUAUUUGUUAUAUUUAUGGGCUAAAGCUACAUGUUUUAUGUAAGUUUUGUUCAUUUAUUUGAUUCCUUAUGUUGUUGUAAAUGGGUGGAUUUCAAUUAUUACUUUCCUAUAACAUAAUGAUGAAGAUGUUCCUCAUUUCGAUAAUAGAACUUGGAGUUGGCUAAAGGGUGCUAUGUGUACUAUUGAUAGAAAUUAUCCAGAAUACAUUAAUGCAUUGCAUCAUAAUAUUGGAAAUACACAUGUUUUACAUCAUGUUUUUCAUGAAUUACCUCAUUAUCAUGCGAGAGAAGCAAAUGUUUAUUUUAAAUAAAUUGUAGGAAGUGCAUAUAUUUAAGAUAAAAAAACUAUAUGGUAGGCUAUAUUAUCAAAUAGUAAAUUAAUUUGUGUUAAAGAAAAGGAAGAAGGAGUUUAUUAUUAUAAAUGAUGUAUUUAAUAAUAUAUAUAUAUAUAUAUAUAUAUAAAUAUAUAAAUAAAUAUAUAAAUAAAUAUUUAUAUAUAUUUAUAUAUAUUUAUUUUAUUAUAAUUAUUUAUGUAUUUAUUUUUUAUAUUUUUUAUGAAUUAUUUUUUAAAAUUUUCUAUAUAUAA